UCUGUUUCUGCAGGCUGUGAAUUCCAUAGGCUUCCUACACUGAAACAAUAAACAACCGUGCGGCAGCAAGACGCCAAAGGGCGGAGGAACAUCGCUGUUUCCUCCUCCCUCUUUGCUCCAGCCCCGCUGGGCCUCCCACCCCACAUGGCCUGGACCCCGCUGCGUCUGCUGCUGCUGCCUUUGCUGCCACUAUUCUGGGCUUCAACAAGAGCCGGUGACAGGAAGGUGGUCCUGCUGGCACCCCCUGAGGUGUGUGGCUCCCCGGGCGACACCGUGAACCUGACCUGUGUCUUGCAGCCUGUUGAGUCUGAAAUCCCGCAGGUAAAACAGAUAAGGUGGGAGAAGCUGGAACCAUGGGGGGACCUCAGCACCGUGGCAGAAUUCGACCGGGAUCAGGGCCCCAACAUCACGGAGCCCAACCGUGUGCAGUUCAUUUCUGCUGGGAAGGACCCAGAUCUGCUGGAUGCGUCACUGACCUUGACUGAGCUGCACCCUGAUGAUGAUGCCAACUACACCUGCGAGGUGACCACAUUCCUGCAGGGAAGCGGGAGGGCGAGCACCUGGGUCCGAGUCUUCUAUGCCCCCCAGGUCUCUAUCUCCCUGUAUGAUGAUUUCGGGCAUCAGGGCCACAGGGAGACCAGCCUGAGCUGUGAUGCUCGUGGGAACCCAGAGCCCAGAAAUUAUGAGUGGAGCACGACCAAGGGCCCCUUGCCCCCCUAUGCUGUACCCCAUGGCGCUCGGCUCCUGCUUCAGCCUUCAAAGGAGUCCAUCAACACCACAUUCAUCUGCCAGGUCUCCAAUACCCUGGGGACGGCCCGGGUAGCAAUGAAAGUCCUGCUCUCAGUGCCAUGGAGAAUUGAGGUGGAGAAUGAGGUACCCUCUGUGCUGCACCUAAAACCUGCCCCAGUGCCCUUCGGCCACUCCACGUACUUACUUAAAGGCCUGCUUGAGAAGCUGCCUGGCUUCCAGGGAGAACCUUCAGGCCUGCACCUCUGGGACACUGGGCUCCAGGGAGACUCUAAGGACUGA